AUGGCUCAAUUAAAUUUAAUGCCGAACUUGCCACAAUUCGAUGCUUAUUCCGAGCCAUCGUCAAUCGCAACACGGUGGAAAGAAUGGCUCGAACAAUUCGAGAUUUUUACAAUUGCAGCUAAAGUUGAAGACAAGAAACAAAAGCGAGCGCUUCUUUUGCAUCUCAGCGGGCCAACUGUUCAGAAAGUGUUUAAAGGAUUGACGGAUACGGGAGACGACUACGAUACAGCUGCCGCAAAACUCCACGAAUAUUUUGCUCCGAAGAAACAUAUUCGAUAUGAACGAUACCAUUUUAAACAAGCAUGUCAACAAGACGGUGAGUCUAUUGAUCAAUUCGCUUCUCGACUUCGUAACCUGGCUGAAACGUGUGAGUUUGAGAAUAUUGAUGAUGUUAUUGCCGAUCAAAUUCUGGCUAAUUGUAGCUCUAAUAGACUGAAAGAAAAGAUUCUUCGUGAAGAAAAAGCGGAUUUGACCUUCAUCUUAAAGCAAGGUCGUAUUUUGGAAUGCUCAAAACAACAAGCAGCUCGUAUUGGUACCAACAGCCCUACAACUCCUGAGAUCAGUGCCAUUCAAGCAACACCUGCAAAUCGCCCGCUAACAACCGUGCCAGCAUUUGGUAAAUCCUGCCGUUCCUGUGGAAAGCAAAAUCAUUUUGCUCGAGUCUGCCGCAGUCGGCCCCAAAAUCGCAACACCCAACGCCAAGGCCAGCAGCGUCCAAGACGUGAACAACUGAACCAAAUCUCUGAAGACAUCGUAUCUGAUGAUGAGGAGGGAUAUAUUUAUGCAACCAAUACUGACGGGGAACAUGCUAAUGUGAUCUCCAGGCCUCAGCUUCCCGUUGUCAUCAAUGGUGUUGAAAUUGUGAUGAUCGAUUCGGGAGCAUCAGUGAACAUCCUCGACAAGGCAGCAUAUGAGCAAAUAGUUACGCAGAAUGAUCAUAUUCAGUUGCAAAAGACGUCGACACGAAUUUAUGCCUAUGGUGCAGCAGAACCUCUUGCCCUACUCGGAAAGUUUCAAGCCACUAUUGAAACCUUAUCAAGCAAAACCAAUGACCCAGAUGUAAAGCCUGUUGCCCAGCUGCCACGUCGUAUACCUUUUCAUAUCCGAAAGCAAGUAGAGCAAGAAAUCGAGAGCUUGGAACAGCAAGGCAUCAUUGAGGCGGUUGACGGCCCCACACCAUGGGUUUCACCUGUAGUGGCAGUCCCAAAAACCAGCAACCCCAAGGAAAUCCGUCUUUGUGUUGACCUCCGUCAACCAAACAAAGCUGUCCAACGCCAGCGCCAUCCCACACCUACCAUCGAGGAAGUCACAAACGAUUUGAAUGGGGCAAGUGUUUUUUCCAAACUCGACCUUCGUUCUGGAUACCAUCAAAUUGAGCUUACACCUGCCUCCCGCCUCGGAAGUUUCCAACAAGUUAUUCAACAGGCACUACAGGGAAUCCCAGGCGUGAAAAACAUUUCAGACGACAUUAUUGUGUUUGGGCGUACGCAAGAAGAACACGAUGCUGCUCUAGCCGAUACCUUUCAACGUCUGCGGGAAAAAGGUCUAACCCUCAACGGGUCCAAGUGUGUUUACAACAAGCAGAAUCUGGCUUUCUUUGGGUAUGUGUUUUCUGCAAAAGGCAUGUCUGCGGAUCCCAAGAAGAUUGCUGCUAUCUGUGAUGCCACCCCUCCCACGAAUCCGUCAGAAGUCCGAAGUUUCCUUGGGUUAACCGGAUUUUGUUCCCGUUUUAUUCCGAAUUACGCCACAUUGACGGAGCCGUUGAAACACUUGACCAGAAAAGGAGUGCGUUGGAACUGGGGGGUUCAGCAGAACAAGUCUUUUCUCGCUUUAAAAGAGUGUUUGACCAGCAACCGCACGAUGGCUUAUUUUGAUCCUAGCAAGCGCACGAUUGCCACGUUUGAUGCAAGCCCCUUCGGACUGGGUGCCGUGCUAACGCAAGUUGACGCAGACGGACAGGAACGCUCUGUUGCAUAUGCAAGUCGUACGCUUAGUGAUGUAGAACGACGGUACUCGCAGACCGAACGUGAAGCACUAGCCAUCGUUUGGGGUUGUGAGCGGUUUCAUUUAUACCUCUAUGGUUCUCAGUUUGAAAUCGUCACAGACCACAAGCCACUUGAAACCAUUUUUAACAAUCCCAUCCUCGUCGCCAAUUGUAGAGUUUGUCUUUUGCACAAGAUAAAUAUACUUUAUGAGUGA